CUCGUUCGUUGCAGCCGUGGAAAACGUCCCUUUUUCCACGCGACGUCCUCCUCACUAUCCAUCCCCAUCAGUGACAAGUAAUCCUCCCGAAUUCCGGAAAUCGUUAUCCGCGUUACGCGUGUGUUCCCUUUGUCUGUCAGUGCAUCGGUGAUCCAUUACCUAGUUUUGUCUCCUACAACUUUCUAGCGGUGGAGAGAUGUUCCUGGGAGUAGAGGGCAAGGGCUACUUCACAGCUACUUCUUCGUGAUGAACAACCACUGAAGGUGGCAGGUAAUAAAGGAAGACCAAGGAAAUCAUCGAGAAGAAUGUCAAGGCAAUCAGAGGGGGUGGAUGAACGCCCCAUGGAUCCGGGGCUCAAGCUUGGUACCACUUGAAUGCAAAAGACAAAGUACAAAUGAGCAGUACGCGGGAUGGGCAAAUCUUGGCUUUGGGCCCUGUUUCCUGCGACGAUGACAAUGAUGGCGUACGUCACUGUAACGACGGCUACAUCAACUUCGGUACCGUCUAUCGCUAUGACUACUAGCAGCGAAGUCCUCGAUACGAAAAGGGUGGAUAUCGAAGAAGCUCUGGACGUGAUAGAAGCGGCAUCAACCGGAUCAUUGGGUGAAGAUUGUGCCACGACAGCUGGUUUUAAAUCUUUACCAGCUGCCGUAGCACUUGAUCCCCGACGUUACGACACUGCACGUCAAAAAGCUGACAUGACAGCUCUGAUGCUCCAAAAUAUUGGCAUUGCGGGGAUAUCAAGGCAUAAUGUGCUUUUAGACGUGUUAGCAAAGUCACUACUGGUGUCAGUGAACGACGCCGUGGAAACAAGGGUGAUCGCACUAAAUGCGUCCACGGGAGCGGUAAUUAGCGCAGUCUGGUUGGAAAGGAGCCCAGGAAGUGUCGGAGAACCGUUCAAGGUUGAGAGCCACGGACUCCAGCCAGGAUCUAUACCAGAUUCAAAUUUACCAUGGUUCGAAAAUGCUGGUGCCACCACGGAAUUGAGGUCACCGAAAUUCAUGCAGUCACCGGCGAUUGAAUCCUACAGGGGUUGGUGGACCAUCCCGUAUUUCUCCUGCAAAAGUCACCGAUGGUUGAUUUCGUACAGUGUUAACAUACGGCCGCCAGACACUCGCCAUGGGGUACGAGAAUUUUUAAGCAUAGAUAUCGAUAUCAGUGGGCUAGAAGUAAAUCAAUGCGAUGCAUCGUCGCAGAAUAAACAAAAUGAAGUUCUAAGUAAUCAGAUAGCAUCUUUUAGAGGCACGCACAAAUGUCAUACCGAUACAACUCAGUGUGAAUAUCAAAGUCCGAAUAAUCGUAUAAAUCAAAAUGGUGUCGGUGCUGGUUGGGCGAAAGGUGCAUAUGUAUGCAAAUGUCGAAAAGGUUAUUACAGCACGAGCCAACAUCAAUCCACCUUUGAUGGAAUUCUCGUCGAAGCUGCCUGGAAGGAAAUGCAAGAAAACAUAAGCGAUUCGUACGUGAAAGUGUUCCGUUGCUUGCGUUGUGCACCAGGGUGCGCCAAGUGCAAGGGACCCGAACCCUGUCUAGCCACUUACAAUUGGCCAUUCCGAAUCUCUCUCCUAUCCUUCUCCAUUUUCUGCGUGUUUGGUACCAUUAUUCUGGUGGUCUACAUGUAUCAAUAUCGUAAGCUCAAAGUGUUCAAGGUUGCUUCGCCGAUAUUUUUGUCCAUUACGCUUUUGGGUUGUGCUAUUAUGUAUCUCGAAAUGGCUGCGAUAUUUCCUGUUUUGGAUAUGUACUCUUGUAUCGCUACGAAAUGGACGAGACAUCUCGGUUUUUGUAUUUCCUACACUGCAUUGUUAAUGAAAACUUGGCGAGUUUCUCUCACAUACCGUGUGAAAAGCGCACAUAAGGUGAAACUCACGGACAAACAGCUACUGCAAUGGAUGGUCCCUAUAUUGUUAGUAAUGUUAAUUUAUCUUGGUACUUGGACUCUCAGUGCACCGCCAUAUGCCGAAGUGAUAGCUGAUAAUUAUGGUCUGAAAUUCUACCAAUGUUCUUUCAACUGGUGGGACCAUAGUUUAGCAAUCGGAGAAAUUCUGUUCCUUGCAUGGGGCAUUAAAGUGUGUUACAACGUUCGCAAUGCAGAAAGUCUCUUUAACGAGGCCCGUUUAAUAAGCUAUGCAAUUUACAAUAUAGCAGCUGUGAAUAUAACCAUGAUCGCUAUUCACCUUUUCAUUUUCCCUCAUGCUGGUCCGGAUAUCAAGUAUUUAUUAGGCUUUUUACGUACACAACUCUCUACUUCUGUCACCAUAUUUCUUGUAUUUGCACCCAAGGUGAUUCGAGUUCUACGAGGUCAAGGAGAUCAGUGGGAUAGUCGGGCUAGAGCCCGAGGUGUUACAGCGAGCUUUUCUUUAAAUGGAAUCGGCUUAGUAUCCGAGGAAGCGACAGAUUUACAUCAAGAAAAUGAGGAGCUAAAGGAAGAAAUUCAAAGAUUAGCAGCGCAAAUUGAAUUUAUGAAAAUCGUGCACAUGGAAACGUACAAUCGCCACAUAAAACCGAAAGCAGGUGGAUAUUUCACUACUCACGGGCAUGGGCAUAGUCAUCCGUCCUCGGCACAGAGUCCCAUCGCUAAGAGUUCUACAGCCAGUUUUAUACUGAAAACGGCCGUAGAACGAGGAGCAAGCGCGGCCGCGGCUGCCGCGGUCGAAGAUUCUACGUUCCCUUCUGGAAGCCUGCACAGGGCACGUAGAAUGGAGAUUCUUAGGGAACGUAAAGCAGAAAGGGAAAGAGAACGUGAAAAGGAACGAGAAAAGGAAAGAGAGAAGGAGAAGGAGAAGUACAAGGAAAAUGAUCAGGAGAAAGAGAAAACGAAGGAGAAGGAAAAGGUAAGGGAAAUGGGGAAGGAGAAGGAGAAAGAGGCGGAAAUGGAAGAGAAGAAUAAGGACAAACAAGGGGAAACAGAGAAAGAAAAGCAAGAGCUGAAGCAAGAAGGAAAUAUCGAUACAAAUGAACAGGUCUGACUAGUACUAAAUAGCGAAGAGAUAUGGUUAUGACAAACAGUAUGCACUAAGAAGAGAAAAUUGAAGACAAAGCGAAAGGCAACCGAGCGAGGAAAUAUAAAGCAGAAGAAAAAGAGAAAACUUAAAUGGUAUCCUUUAAUGGAAACAAACCGUUCAUGAUUUGUAUAAAUCAAAGAACUGUGUAGUCAGUAAAUAGUGAAUACCGAAUCCGUAUAACGUGUAUAACGUGUCAUUUGUUUGCGGUGGAAAUG